GUCAGUGCGGCCUUGCAGACUGAGAGCGCUGCCAACAAAGGCCGAGUCGAUGGGGUUAAAAAAAAUUAUUAUUUGAUCAUCUAAAACCCUUUUGUUAUUGUAAUUAUAAUUUUAAAUAGGUUGUGAAUCUGUGAUUACGUUAAGAAAUGUGUGAAUGAUAUGAAUCGUGACGACUAGCAAAGGAGUCAGCUGGUCAAAAGUGCGAAUAGUGAAUAAGAAAUGGCGGCCUUGCCAGCAGGUGUUCAGUAUGCGUUAUCAUCAGAGUCUAGUUAUAAAGAAAACAAGGAACUAGUGUUUGUGAAAUUAACGGAUUCAGCAUUAAAAGCUAUAGAAGACUUUAUUAGAAAUAAUAGGGACCGAUUUGCAACACCUAAAAUACAGUUCCUGCCCGGAAAUGAGGGGAAAAUCUCUAUUCCGGCACCGUCCAACGGAAAUGGAUCGGCGGGCGAAUCCACGUUUCACUUCAACCUUAAUAGCAAUGCUGAGAUGGAGGGUCCACAGGGUUCAUUUGAAUGUGUGCGGAAUGCAGUCGGCGGCACGAAAAGGCUGGAGUCGUGCGGGCCGCUGCCCAGAAGGAUGCGGGUGCAGGCCAACGAUGACUCGUAUGAGGCCACAAAAGAUCGGAUGUCGAGAACUAUAGCUGCGGAACAGAGCAAAUGCACCCGCGUAAUAAAGCCCAAUCAAACAGACAUUGGAAGGCGUGUUAAAGUGCGUGCAACGCAUUCUAUGUACUCAAAUGGACCGGUUGCGGAACGGCUCGAACGGCCUGAACGGGCCGAACGCCCCGAUAGGCCUGAACGGUCCGAACGUCCCGAAAGACCGGAACGGGCCGAACGUCCUGAAAGGCCGGACCGUCCCGAGAAACCGGAACGUCCCGAAAGACCGGAGAGGGCAGACCGCCUGGAAAGGCCCGAGCGGUUAGAACGGCCUGCUGCCGUAGUUCCUCCCACAAGUCGUCCACAACCUCAGCAGCAGCCGCAGCCGCAUCCCAACCCUCAACGGCCUCCAUCCAACCCUGACCUUACAAGGCGACCUAUUAAAGAAAGACUUAUACAAUUAUUAGCAUUGAAACCCUUCAAGAAGCCGGAACUGUUCACGCGACUUUGUUGUGAGGGUAUCAAAGAAAAGGAACGUAGUAUGGUGACAAAGAUUUUGACAGAGAUUACGGUGGCGAAAGACAAUUGUUACCACUUACGUAGACAUAUUUGGAACGAUGUCAAUGAAGAUUGGCCAUUUUAUACGGAGGAGGAGAAACGUAUGCUCAAGAGGCGGAAACCUCAAAAUCUAACACCGCCGUUAAGCAGCGAUUCGGCCAACUCGCUCUCCCCGCGGGCUUCGCCGGCGAACAAGCGCAGCGGCGCAGGCGCAGAGGAGCCCCCCGCCGCUAAGAAGCAACGCAUCUCGCACUAUCGCCGCCCUUCGCCCCCUUCCUCAGGUUAUGCCACCACUUCCUCUGGAGAACGGCAUGCGUCUGACAACGAGGAUGAUAGAACCGUGAAAAAGGACAAUGGCUAUACCCUUAACUUCACAACUGUGAAAGACAUCUGCCCGAGUCCUGUGAAACCCAACGGUUUUAGAAAUAGUCCGCCCGUAGAGCAAACUAGUAUCACAGUAAAAGACAUCACAAAUACAGAACCAUUAGUAGAAAAUACAGCUUUAACGUCUGUCCCUGAAGAGAAUACGACGAAUGACCUCGUAGAAAUUGAAAGGCAAUACCCGCCCAUAACGAGUUCGAGCACGCGUCGCGCGUACAAGAACGAGUUCGCAGCGCUGUACACCGAGUACCGGGCGUUGUACGCACGAGUCGCGCAGGUCGCCGCGCUCUUCACUCGCCUAGAGCAGCAGCUCAAACGAGCCGAGCCCAAAUCGCCACACCAUCGGAGCAUAGAGCAGCGUAUAGUUGAAGAAUACCAGCGCGCGCGCAACGACGCCGAUUACCAAAAGGAAAGGCGACGAGUCAACUACCUGCAUCGGAAGCUCAACCACAUCAAGAGAAUGGUGCUUCAAUAUGACCAGCUGCGAAACCUUAAGCCCGAGCGAGUGUCCGCCGCGAGUACGACGCAAGCGUACUGACACUCGGGCAAGCCGCCGCCCGCCCGCUGCAUAUAGUCGAGCAGCUAUGGACUCACAACUCCCGAGUGGCAGAAUAUACCCGGUUUAUACAAGAAAAUCCAAGGCAAGGGUCGUGGCAGACUUCCCCGAUUUAAUACUAUACGAGAAUCGUGACGUUUGGUAUCAUAGGUACUGUAAAUGAUAGGCUAAGAGCGUGAAAUAAACUAUACUAAGUCUGUGAUAAUUAACACCUUAGGUCAUACAAUUUGUAUAGAUUAUCUUAUAAUUAAAUUAUAAAAGAUUCUAACUUUAGUAUAAACUAGAUUUUGGAAAUAUGGGCUUAGUGACCAAAUUAUCUUUAUCCAAUUCCAAUCUUUGCAGUUAAAUAUUUUACUUAACUUCACGAUUCUUGAUAUCCAUACGUGUGUUAACGUGCACGUGCGCUUAGGAGGGAUCAAUGUAUAGCUGACUCAUUUGCUACUAGGGAAGAGAAAGAGACAGCUAUAUGUUGUGUCACGAUUUUGCUAGUCGGGUUUGUACGCGCUGACUACCUUGCUACUAAUGUUGGAAGUAUCAAAGAGUACUAAUAUAUUUAUUGUAAUUUUAGCUGAAUAUCAUUUAUAUUGAUUACUUAUUUUAACGUAUAUAUUUAUGAAUUUUAGACAAUUUGUUAUGCAUAAUUUCGUGAUUCCAUAUAUGGGUGACCUUUGUGCUUGCCAACAUUGGUCAAGGUCAAUACGAUCAGUGUAAGCCAAAUUGCAGUAUUGUAAAUGUGUGUAUAAUUGGUUGUAUGUUUCCUAAACGACGCUGCCUUAAAGUACGAAUUGUACGGACCUUAUUCUCUAUUAGUAAUUUCGUAGUGACCAUAGACCUCACAAAAGUCUAGAUGUGGGUCUGUGGAGCGUUAAAAUUUCUAUCAGAAAUUAUUGGAGAAUGAGAGUAUCAAAAUUGAAACACACAUACGCCUGCCGAUUUGGAACGAGAUGUAUAUAUUGCGGCAUAUUAUUUUAAGUUGAAGAGUUCUUCCAUUAUGUUAUCUGAUGUAAAAUAUUGAUUUGGAAUAUAUUGGAACACGAGUGACGUGUUACCGCUGUAUACCGGACAUGAGGGCCCAUUACGAAUUUUAUAAUAAAAACAUUUAUAAGAUACUUAGCUUAAUUAAUAUUACAUAUUUUCGGACAUUAACUGUAUUUCAUAUAUAUGGAGCAUUAUUUUCCUUAGCUUUUAUCUUUCUACUUAGUCAUAGGACUUAGUGAGCGAGUGGAAAUAUAAAGGGAGGUAUCGAUGUUAUUUGCUCUUGUUAGUGUAGUUUGACAAUUGCAAGAAACAUUUUAUUGCCUGGACCAGUCUCGGUAGUACUCUUAUAGUAGAACUUGAAAAAUGAGGAUAUGGUGUUUUCAGUUUGAACUGUGGGAGUCUAUCGAGAUGUUGUUCAGGUAUAUUUCAUUUUUAAUCUCAUUUGAUUUUGUUUUUAUUGUAAAUACUGAAGAUACUAUAAUUAAGUACAUAAUAGUCCAAUAGUAGUUUGUUCGUCCAAGUUUUAUUCCAUUGAAAUAUUGCCGUCUUGUUAUCGUUGUCCAAAAUUCAACUAUUAUUUAGCCAGUUAUUGGUGAUGAAUAUUUUCACUGUUUUAUCAUUUUAGGAAUUGGAUGGAUACUAAAUUUCAAUUGUAAAUGUCAAUUUAAAGGACGAAAUGCCUUUAAAACAAUUAUUAAUAUUGCCGUACAACGCGUCGUCCCUCGCUUACCAUCCAAUGUUCGUAUUGGACGUUUAAUAUACGCGUCUUGCCCCGCUUGCUUGUUGUAUAUAGUACAUUAUGAAGAUUUAUCAUGUUCUUGUUAAAUUUUACUAUGGGUAGUGUAAUAUUUCAAUUUUUCUUUAAUAAAAUAAUAUAUAAUAUUUUCUCCUUCGAGGGAAUCGCGUCGUGAUCGUGCCGUAAUCGCGUGCGUGCCCGUUGAGGUCGUUUGUUGAAAAUACCUAAGCAAAACUUUAAUUAAUUCACUAUGCAUUAGAAUAUCCCCUUAUACUUUUCAAUGGCAUAAAUAAUAUUUUUAUAUUUGGUAAACGAAAAAAUAAAUAUCAUAUCUCAACGGACACUCGUAAGUGAAAAACUCGUGAACGUCACAAAAAUAACUCGUGUAUAUAAAUCGGACCGAAAAGUAUUAGAAUGGCGGUGCGACCACGACGCGAGCUCUCCAUGUUACGUGGUCAUAUAUUUGCCAAAUUAUAAAUACAUUUUACAUAAUAAAUUAGUUUUUAAUUACAAACGUCUCACAAGUUAGCAACCGGCCAGUGUUGAACAUCCACUAGAGUUAAGUCUGGUCCUUUUCGCGUAACCCUCCAAAAUACAAAACUUAGUUUUUUUAGUCCUCGCUCUGGGUCAUUUGAGUUCUCCUUCAGACCUUGACAACGCCUACCGGAUAUUGACGUUGUCAAUAAUGACAAUUGACUAGAGAAUUCUCAUUGAAUUCUCUUUCUAUACAAUUAGUCGUAAAAACAAAUAAUCAUGCAUCAUGAAACGACGUACAAAAUGACCCGAGUGUUAGUCGGAAACCGUCUUUACUAUGUCCUGAUUCUAACGUCCAUAUUUGAAAAUGAUUUAGUAUUAAGUAAUUAUUUGACCCGCAAAGUAUUUGAUACCACGUAUUCUUAAAUUUCAUUAUUGAUGGCUUUUUGUGUUAAGGACGCGCCAAUCUUAUCAUAAAUAUAUCAGAUAACUAUCAAGGGAAAUAAUUUUUAGUAACAUCACUUUAUUAAACACGAUUAAAUUUAAUUAGUAUAAUCGCUUAAAGUCGUCAUCAAAGUGCAAUUAUGUCCAGAACUGUUUCCAUAUAUAUGUUUAUUUGCAUUAUUAUUGAAAUAUAUAUUUAUAAAGUAAUGGAAACUGCAGUAUCGUUGUUGAUUUCACUUAUUUGUCAAUUAUCAAACGGCGUUGCUAUUUCAUUUUCACUGAUGUUAAAACAUGCAUAUGCAUGUGGAGACAUGAAAUUCCAUUUAGCAUUAUAUUCAUACCAGCAGAAAUAUGCGGCCUUAUUUAGUUUAGAAGCAUGCGUAUAGAAUUAGAUUCCGGGUCGAGGCUUAACGAUAACUUUGUCCCGUAUUUCAGAAAUAUUUUGCCGUACGAGAGUUAUAGUUCGUGCUAAGUCUCGCCUCUGAAUGUCCGUAAUAUCAGAUUCAUUUUUUUUUGCAAUACAGUUCGUAGUACUAACUAUAUUAACGGUCAAUUGUUUCGUAAUUAAAAUGUGAACAAGCGUCAAGUUUUCUGGUCAAUUCUCGCGUAAGUGCCACAUUUUGCUCACGUUUGUUUUUUUUUUACUCAUGAAAAUGCUCAAUACAUCAUGAUAUUAGAUGAUAAUUUGGAUUUUUUAAUUUAUUGCCACUUUAUUUAUUAAAUUAUAGCUAACGAUAAAAUUGAUCUGUCCCCGCACCUUCUCUUUGCUUUUCUUUCUCUGAACAUCACAUUUUCAUUUAUUUUAGUAGACAUUUGAUUUUGACCAUUUCUAAGAACACCGUUUAGAAUGUUAUUGUUACCAGUAGUAUAAGCAGUGUCGUUUGUUUUAUUAUAUUAUAGAUAUUGAUUAUUACAAAUAAUAAAUAUAGUAGUACAUUUUGUUUGACAUGAAGAUGUCUCUAGUAUGUUGACUUUUUAUGAAUGAAGUGGAUGUAGUGGUUAUGCAUUCCAGUUGGCCGUCGACCCUAGCACUGUUCGUUGAUGCACCUCGAGUUAAUGUCCAUUCAACGUAAUCCCCUCUUUUUGUAUGUAGCGACACGUCAUAGCAUAGCUUUUAUGCAGACCAGAAAUACAAUGGAAAUAGAAAUUUAUGAGAAAAAUCCCUUUCUACAUGAAUUUAAUGCUAAGCUGUCACAAAGGGAGUAUAAAGUGUGAAAUUCACUCGAUUGUUACCUAUUUAAGUUAUUAGAAAGGUUGGACAGAUAUAUUUGUAUUUUGUCAUGUUUAUACCAAUUGAAUAUCUAUGAAAUAUCAUAGUCCAUUGUACAGAGUAGGCGAUAUUUAGUCUAGUGACGUCAUCAUUUUAAUAAAUCCUAGUUAGUGAUAAAUUAAAGGUAAUAAUUCCCAAACAUGUAUCGUUCUUUGCGGCAUGACAAACUCGCCACAUGUUUUUUAAAUGUUACUUUAUUAUAUUACGUUCUAUAAUUGAUUAAGUAGACCGCGUAGUCAAGGUUGUGUUAACCCCACUUUCAAUGAUUACAAUGAAAAUGGCCUAUUUUAUUUAUGAUUAUUGUAUGUAUAUUAUGUAUUCGUAUUUAGUACUGAAUCGCGCGUUCGUGGCAUCUUUGUCAUGUGCAAACUUAACAUUGUUAUACUUAACACAGCUGAUAUUAUAGCGGCUUCAUGGCGGGCGAUGCGUGAACAUUACAUAAUUCGUUUAGAUGUAGAGAUGAUUGAGUUUGCGUAUUCUGAUCAAACGUUAUUGUAAAUUUGCUGUACAGUAAAAGAGAGACAGGCCGCCGUCGAGACAGGCCGAGUUAAUUUUCGGAAGACUGCCGAUUUACCGAACAAUUUAAAUACUGUGUAUUACGUCAGUGUAAAUAGAGUACGAAUUAGACAUUUAGCAUUGUUAAGGGAUGUAAUCGUAGCGUUUAUUUUUAAUAAUAACUAUAUAGUAUAUGGACGGGCAGAUACGAAUACUGGGAGCCGGGUCUCGACGGCGGCUGUGUCGUAACAAUGCUGCGAUAUUCCUUGUGCCCCUUGAGAUAUCAGUGCAUUAUAUGAGUCAAGAUGUAUAGACGAUGUGGUAGUGUUAUUGUGUAUAGAUGUGUUUAUACAAGCUCGAGUCAGGCGGGACCGACGCUUGCCAGCCGGUUCGAGCGAACGACGACAAGCUAUGAAAUCCUGACAUCGGCUCACGUUAAUUAGCUUUUAAAUAUUUCAUCAAAAUAUAAAAUACACAAAAAAAAAUGGAUAUAAAUUUCUCGACCAAGUGCUGGUUGUUUUUUUUUUAAAUUAUUAAAAUGUAAAAAAAAUUAGAUUAUAAACAAAGUAUAGGUACAAUUUAUGAAUUAUACUUUUUUUCUUUUCGGCAUUUCAUGUAACAGUGGAAGGGACUCGGCUUCUUCGCUACUCGGAAAUCAUUGUAUUGUACUCAUUAUUUCGAGAGCAUUCGUGAUGCUAACGCAUCGGAUGUUACUUUUGUAUUGUGUGAUUUCUUUGCUCAUGUUCUCUUCCAUUGCUUUAUUAUUUGUUUCGCCAACUGUCUAUUUGUAUAAUAUAAUUUUGUUAAGGCAGGGUAAUGCAGAAAUGAGAAGAGGUACUUUUUUAUUUUUAAAUAAAUUGAUGAAUUGUUUGAAAUUUGAAUGUAUAAAUUGAGUUGAUUUAAUCCAUUCAAUGGAGUUUGAAUUGUUAUGAAAGGAACAAGAGUUUGUUGUUUUUUUUUAAUUAAGUCAUUUUGAAUUUCGAAUAUAAUGAGGCAGCGAUAAGUUUGUCAAGUUACCACAAAAUCAAUAGUCAGAUGUAGGCUCUCUUUAGCGGUGUCCUUUUGGAGUGGCUUGACCUACUAGCAUACGCAACGGUCCAUAUUAAGAUCUUGAAGGACAUUCGUGCAAAUAGCUGAAGGGAAAUGUUAGAGUA